CGGGCAGCUGAGCCGAGCAGAGACGCCGCCGAGCCCAGCCAGGAGCAGCAGGAGGCAGCAGCCCUGCGAGCCAUGGAGCCCCGGCUGGCGCCCUAGAGGAACCCCGCAGCAGCAGCAGCAGCCCCCGCGCCCUCCGGACGCCGCCUCGGACCCGCGCCAUGAGGCACGCUGCUGCCCUUUGGGCGCUGCUGCUGCUCUUCCCGGCAGCAAUCCUGGCUCACGGGUGCCCAGCCGACUGCCAGUGCAACCAGCCGCAGACGGUCUUCUGCAUUGCCAGGAGAAGCCACGCCGUCCCCCGGGGGCUGCCGCCGGACACCGCCAGCCUCUACCUGUUUGAGAACGGCAUCCGCUCCCUGAGCGAGGACAGCUUUGCGGAGCUGCCCGGCCUGCAGCUGCUGGACCUCUCCCAGAACAAGAUCUCCAGCCUGCCCAGGAACGUCUUCCAGCCCCUGCAGGGCCUCUACAACCUCGACCUCUCCUCCAACCAGCUGCACGAGAUCACCAACGAGAGUUUCCAUGGCCUGCGGCUGCUGGAGCGCCUCUACCUGGACCGCAACAGGAUCCGGCACAUCCACGCGGCGGCCUUUGGCUCCCUGGAGAACCUGCUGGAGCUGAAGCUCCAAGACAACCAGCUGCAGGCCUUGCCGCCGCUCCUCCUGCCCACCCUCCUGCUCCUCGACCUCAGCCACAACCGGAUCGGCACCCUGGAGCCCGGCGCCCUCCGCACCCCCAACCUCGAGUCGCUGAAGGUGGCCGGGCUGGGCCUGGGCGCUCUGGACGAGGAGCUCUUGCACAGCCUCCGCAGCCUGCAUGAGCUGGACGCCUCGGACAACCUGCUGGCCAGGGUGCCCGGGGCCCUGAAGCACCUGCGGGGCCUGACCAAGCUCAGCCUGGCGGGGAACGCCCAGAUCUCCCAGCUGCACCCAGAAGACUUCCGAGAGCUGGACAACCUCCAGGACCUGGACCUCAGCAGGCUCCACCUCAACAGCCUGCCCAGGGCCUUCUUCGGCUCCUUCCCCCGGCUCAGGGCCGUCACGGUGGCCGAGAACCCCUUCAACUGCGUCUGCCAGAUGAGCUGGUUCGUCAGCUGGGCAAGCGCCAGCAAGGCCUCGCUACGGAGGUCCGAGGAGACCCGCUGCCAUUUCCCCCCCAAGAACGCCGGCAGGCUGCUCCAGCACCUGGAAUACGCCGAUUUCGGAUGCCCCACCACCACCACCACCACCACCACCACCACCACCACCUUGAAAGCCACCAGCCCAGAGCUGGUCACGCCCACUCCCAGCCACGGGGGGCUCCCACUGGAGCCCAGCACAGCCGGCCCCACGCUCGGGGAGGGCGGCUCCACCCUUGGGCCGUUCACUGCCCUGGAGAGCCAGCCGGGCCCCGAGACGCGCCUCUGCCCCCCACGGACCUGCCUGAAUGGGGGCCUGUGCCAGCUGGAUGCCGGCAACCACCUGGAAUGCCUCUGCCCCGUGGGCUUCGCCGGUCUGUUCUGCGAGACGAGGGUCUGGGCGACGACUCUGCCCCCAACCACCCCAGCCCCAACCCGGCCCCCGAAGAUCGCCAUCAAGCACAUCGGGGGCACUUCUCUGAAAGUGGACCUGCGGAACUACAUCCAGUCCAAGGCCCAGCUGAAAGGGAUCCGCUUGACCUACCGGAACCUCCUGGGGCCCGACAGGCGGCCCGUCACCCUCAGCCUGCCAGCCUCCCUGCCCGAGUACACCGUGCGGGCGCUGAGCCCCAACUCCUCCUACCACAUCUGCAUUGGGCCCCUGGGGGACAGAGGCCACGAGGAAGACCUGUGCGUGGAGGCCUACACCCUGCAGGCCACCCACCAGCAGCACGCCCCUGUCACCCAGGGGAAAGACGCCAACCUCGCCCUCUUGGUGGUGCCCGCCAUGGCUUCGGUGCUGCUCCUGGUGGCGGCCGUGGCGGCCGUCUCCUGCUACGUGCGGCGGAGGCGGCGGCGGCAAGGGAAGGGCCAGGCUGCCCCCGGAGCCAGCUCUAGCCCGCUGGAGCUGGAGGGGGUGAAGGCCUGUCUGGACCACGGAGGCCUGGCCGGACACAGUCAGGGGCUGCCAGAGAAGAUGGCGGCACCCAACGGCUUGGACUACGAGGUGCCCCUCAUGCAGCCGCAGUACGGAGCGGCGGCCACGCCCAGGGCCCAGAGGCCUUCCUACUUCUAGGCCCAGGAAAGCAGGGCCUAGAAAAAGCCUCCUGUGGGCCAUGCACCACCUCCCAGGAGAGGUGCGCCCGUCAGCAGUGGGUGUGCUCCCUUGGCGGCAGGAACCCAGCGCCGCAGAGGGCUCCGUUUGCUGCCACCGCCGCUGGAAGAGACGCCCCCUGCCACAGAGGCAAGAGGAAACCGUGUGCUGGCAACAAAGAAUCCUUUUGCCGAGAAUGGCCUGGGCCAACCACAGCCCUGUGAGGAAGGCCAGGGGGACAUUAUGAAGGAAAGGACCGGGAACCUCUCCCCUGGGCGGCGGGAGGGGAGGGGAGAGAAAGGAGCACCAGAGCAGCUCCCUGGCUGAGCUCUAGGAAAAGAAGCUUUAUGGACAGCUAGAGAAUAUUUAUAAUACCAGAUGGUUUCCCAUUUCUUCUGGGAAAUAGCUUUUUCUAACACAGAUUGAGGUACUUUUUGUAAGACAGACUAUCAAUGCUUUUGUACAAAAUAAACAGUAUUUGUACAGUG